ACAGAGAAGGGAGACAGUGGGGCCAACUACUUCCUACGGUUGGGUUUUUUGAAAGGACCGGUUGGGUCCUCGUUCUGCUGCCGACCAAUCGGAAGAUGAAUACGAGCAUUAUUUCCCUUUAACCACCGAAGAGCAUAUUGAACAGCCCAGUGAGCCUGGAGGGGCUGUAUGGGAUGGACAGCAUAGGUAGCUCCCUGCCUUCCAUGCCUGAACCAGCUAACCCAGUCAGCAUGAAGCAGCCACCAGAGUCCUUCAGCGUGCGCAAAGGCCGGGGUGACAUGGGUAGUGACCCAGCUCUGCUAAUGGACAAAGCUGCCGCACAGCUGGCUGCCACACUACAAGACGGCGUUCUUCAGAAGAUGGCUGGCCACAGCCACAACAACCACGGUCACGAGAGGCUCAAAGACCUCACCUCGCUGGUGCUGAACGGCGACCAGGACACGCUGCCCAAGCUCUGUACGCCGGAGCCGCCGAUGCUGAAGGGUGCCGAAGCCCCCACCACUACUGACACCCAUCAGCACAACUGCACGCCCCACCCUGAGCCCGAACUGGAGGCCACCGUGCCCCAGGUGGUGCAGCAGCCGCUGUUUGUUCCAUGCUGCGCUAAUGAGCCCAGCUUGGCCACGGCCACUGAAGAUGCUUUAUCUGGACCCGACGAGAGGCAAGACGUAAAGAAACGCAAGGGGAGACCUCUCAAACCCAAGCCCCAAAUAACCUGCAGCCCCUCUGUAACUCCCUCGGAGCCACAAACCCCCCUAAAUGCUGUUGAGGAAACUGCUGCGGCUGAUGAGCCUGCUCUUGUGCCAAAACUGCUGGAGCAGGUAAAAGAAGAAUCUCCUUUGCUGACCCAUUUCUCAGUUGGGGAUCUGGUUUGGACAAAGGUUUCUGGAUACCCCUGGUGGCCUUGCAUGGUGACCACAGACCCAGAAUUCAACAUUCACUUCAAACAGAAGCAUAAAGCCAACAGCAAGUUGGGCAUCCUGUACCAUGUGCAGUACUUUGGAGAUGCUCCAGAGAGAGGAUACAUAUUUGAGAAGAAUAUGGUGCCCUUUAAAGGGGAGGAGCAGUUCCCGCAGCUUGUUCAAGGCAACAAACAGCCAGCUUCUCACAUCAACCAUAAAAAGACAUCCCCCUCUGUACCCCGCAAACUUAAGACCCAGUGGAACAUGGGCGUCAUUCAGGCCAAAGAGGCUCUCAGCCUGUCGCUGGAUAAGCGCAUGGAGAACUUUGGAUUUCUUUACGAUGACAACGGGCCUCAUUUGAACCCCCAAAUCUUGGAGAAGUUGAGGCCAGAACAUAGUAAAAAGAUGGACCAGGAGGCAGAGUCCAGACUCGGCCUAGGUGUCUCUUCAGUGCUAAAUCCUGUGACGUCUGCACCGCAUACACAAGUUGAACCUGUUGUACCUCAGAAAAAGAGAAGGAGAAGACCCAAAGAGGCUCAGACUGAGACCAAAGUAGGCAGGAGAAAGAAAAAUUCAGCGACGAGAGCUCGCAAUCCUGCAGCGAAAAAGAAAACCAACUCGGCUCCCUCGACAGACGAAAACUCAGAAGCAGUCUCGCUUCUCGUUUCAGUUCCAGUGAAAAAAGAGAGAAAGAAGAGAUCCAAAAGGCAGCUAACAGAUGCUGCAACUGAAAAGGAUCAACAGCCCAAAAAGAGGCGUAAAACUGGCAAAGCCGAAGAGAGACAGGGCGCAAUUGCAGAGGAAACGGUCAAAAAGAGGAGAAGGAGGAAGAAAACCGACUUGAAAGAUGUAAAAGAACCAAGAAAACGCCUGAAGAAGUCAAAAGGUCCGCUUGAUGAUGGGCAAAAUGCCGAGAAACCAAAGCACCGAAGAAAAAGGAAACGGGAUGGAGAGAACCAGACUGCCGGGUCCAAAUCGAAGAAGAGCCGGUCCUCCCCCUGUCCCGAUCCUGAGGGUUCUGGGAGUGAAGAACGUCCCGAUUCUCCAAGCGACAGCUUAGAUGGGACAAAGAAGGGUGAACGGAAGAAGGAAUUUGUGUGUCAGAGUUGUGAGCAGGCUGGCGAGGACCUGGUGCCGUGUGAAGGCCAGUGCUGCGGCAUGUUUCACCUCCACUGUCUGGGUCUGUGCCUCACACUGGACGACAAGCUGCUCUGCCAGUCGUGCAGCACCGGAGUUCAUUCGUGUUUCAUCUGCAAGCAGCCGGAGGGCGAGGUGCGGCGCUGCCACGUCCCACACUGCGGCAAGUUCUACCACGAGGCCUGCGUCCGCCUCAACCCCCUCACCGUGUUCGACAACAAGGGCUUCCGCUGCCCGCUGCACACCUGCCUCAGCUGCCACUACGGCUGUCACACCAAGCAACGGUCCAACAAGGGGCGGCUGAUGCGGUGCCUCCGCUGUCCCGUGGCGUACCACAUGGGCGACCUGUGCGUGGCAGCCGGCAGCGAGAUGAUCACCAGCACCGCCAUCGUCUGCACCAACCACUUCAACGCCAAAAAGGGCUACAGCCACCACAGUCACGUCAACGUGAGCUGGUGCUUCGUGUGCUCCAAAGGAGGACAGCUGCUGUGCUGCGAGUCGUGCCCGGCGGCCUUCCACCCCGACUGCCUGAACAUCGCCAUGCCCGACGGGAGCUGGUUCUGCAACGACUGCCGAGCCGGCAAGAAACCCAAGUACAGAGACAUCAUAUGGGUCAAACUGGGGACGUACAGGUGGUGGCCCGCAGAGAUCCACCACCCCAGAAACAUCCCCACCAACAUCCAGCACCUUCGGCACGAGAUUGGAGAGUUUCCGGUCUUCUUCUUUGGCUCCAAGGAUUACUUCUGGACUCACCAGGGCCGAGUGUUCCCCUACAUGGAAGGCGACAGGGGCAGCAAGCAUCAGAGGACCGGCAUCGGCAAAGUCUUUAAGAAUGCUCUGCUGGAGGCCGAGGCUCGAUUUAAGGAGAUGAAGAUCAAGCGAGAAGCCAAGGAGGCUCAGGAGAACAGCCGCAAGCCGCCCCCGUACAAAUCCAUCAAGGUCAACAAACCCUUCGGCAAAGUCCAGGUGUACACCGCCGACGUCUCCGAGAUCCCCAAGUGCAACUGCAAGCCCAGCGGGGAGCGGCCGUGCGGCUUCGAGUCGGAGUGCCUGAACCGCAUGCUGCAGUACGAGUGCCACCCGCAGGUGUGUCCCAGCGGGGAGCGCUGCUGCAACCAGGACUUCACCCAGCGCCUCUACCCGGAGACCAAGAUCAUCAAGACGCCCGGCAAAGGCUGGGGCCUCAUUUCUCUGCGGGACAUCAAGAAGGGCGAGUUUGUCAACGAGUACAUCGGCGAGCUGAUCGACGAGGAAGAGUGCAGGGCGAGAAUCAAUCACGCCCACGAGAACAACAUCACCAACUUCUACAUGCUGACCAUCGACAAGGACCGAAUCAUCGACGCCGGCCCCAAAGGAAACUACUCGCGCUUCAUGAACCACAGCUGCCAGCCCAACUGCGAGACCCAGAAGUGGACGGUGAACGGGGACACGCGCGUGGGCCUGUUUGCCGUCUGCGACAUACCCGCAGGAACCGAGCUGACCUUCAACUACAACCUGGACUGCCUCGGGAACGAGAAGACCAUCUGCCGCUGCGGCGCCCCCAACUGCAGCGGCUUCCUGGGAGACCGGCCCAAGAACUCCAGCGGCCAGGCGGCCGAGCCCAAGGGGAAGAGGCUGAAGAGGAAGUACAAGAGGAGGAGGAGCGAGGGGAAGAAGAAGUCUGAUGACGAGUGCUUCCGCUGCGGGGACGGCGGGCAGCUGGUGCUGUGCGACAAGAAGACCUGCACCAAAGCCUACCACCUGUCCUGCCUCAACCUCACAAAGAGGCCCUUUGGCCGCUGGGACUGCCCGUGGCAUCACUGCGACGUGUGCGGCAAGAACUCGGACGCCUUCUGCCAGCUCUGCCCCAACUCCUUCUGCAAGGCGCACCAGGAGGGGGCGCUGCGAGCCUGGCCGCCCACUGGUCAGCCGUGCUGCGCCGAGCACGACGAGCUGGAGGGGGCCGAGGGGCCGGACGCCCGCUCCCAAACCGCCGCCACCACCGGCCCCCCCGCCGCCACCACCACGGGCGCCAUCACGGGCCGCCCCAAGGGCUCCAGGAAGCUGGAGGGGGCCGAGGCCAAAACCAGGGGCUCCAAAAGGAAAGCGGCCGAGGCCUGA